GGCAUCAAGCGCGAACUGUGAUAACUUACCCGUACGGAGUAGUCAAGUCAGUCGUGUAAUCCAUCCACACUUGGCAUGGGAUGAAUGCCCCACAGUUAGCCGUCGGGUGUCCAGUAUGUACAUACCAUGUUGUAGCAUGGAUAAAGGAUUCUCCGCAGAACUCUAAUUCCAGGGGUUGUCGCGAAGAAUUUAGGCGUUGAACGAAUCAGAGAAAGCCAGAUCACUAGCUUCGCUUCGCUUCGCUUAGCUUAGCUACGGAGGCAGAGAGUAUCGUGGGCUUCUACGAUUUGUAUAUUUGUCCAAAUCACACGCUUGUACUACACACAGGCAGCCCAAGAACUAGCCCUACUCAUCACAGGUUGUAAAUCACAGUCAAACUCUAGGCAAGCCGAGGUUGGAUGAACCGAAAAUGAACGUCCAAUUCAACACUGCCCUGAAGCAGUCGACUGCUAUCAAGAAGGAGCUUGCCUCUGUGACGUCGGUGGGUGGCCCAGCAACACCAGCAGCUCUUGGCUCCCUUUCCGCAUCCCUGACAGCCUUCUCGCGGACACUCGACGAGUACAACCAGCUAGCCAAACAAGAACUUGUCAUCGCGAAGCAAGAAAAGGCCCACGAGCGAAUAAAGAACUUUCGGAAUGAGCUCUCUGAGUUCCGGGAACAGUUCAGCGCAUUGAAGACCGAGCGCGAUGAGUCAGCGCACUUAAAUAACCGUGCUGAGCUGCUGGGAAGGAGACCAUACACCACGAGUACACCAGAAAACCCAUACGCCAACGUAGGCGCUCCUGAGACAAGUAGCGGCGAAGUCCCGACGAAUCGCUAUGGUAGUGGCGGCGCCGUUGGGGGGCAGAUGAGCAUGGGAAGCAAUGACUACACGCGCGAAGCGCACGCAUUCAGAGAGCAGAACUUCUUUGCAAGCACGAAUACGGCCCUGGACGACUAUAUUGCCAGAGGCCAGGCAGUUCUGGGAGAUCUCGGGGAGCAAAGGGAGAUGCUCAAGAACACACAGAAAAGGUUGUAUAGCGUCGCCAACACGCUCGGAGUUAGUGGAGACACAAUACGCAUGAUCGAGCGCAGAGCCAAGCAGGACAAGUGGAUAUUCGGAGCUGGCGUGGUCGUUUUCUUCGCCUUCUGCUGGCUGUGCUUGCAUUUCUUGAGAUGAUGACCCCGUUAAGGUUGAGUGGUAAAGGAUUUGCACUUUGAGAAUUACGCAUAGCAAGGAGUCCGGCGUUCAUACAUGUUGGAAACGAAGCAGCAAUUUACUCUGGCAUAGAAUGAAUCCAUGCUUGUC